AUGGCAACAAAGAAGGACAUAGCGGUGGCAGCCAUGAGCCGCAGGUUGGGGAAGCAGGGCACCCUGAACGUGGUGGAGCAGACCCAAGCUAGCGAGGAGCGCAAAGAGAGCUAUCUGAUUCAGGUGCGGCUUGCGAACAUCAAGCUGAAAAACAAGAUUGGCAAGUUCGAGGCUACACUAAGGGAGAAGGAGGAACUGGCGGAGGGGCUGCACCUCAUCGACUUCGAGCAGCUGAAGAUUGAGAACCAGACCUACAAUGAGAAGAUCGAGGAGCGCAACGAGGAGCUGCUGAAGCUCCGCAAGAAGAUCACCAGCACAGUGCAGGUCCUCACCCACGUGAAGGAGAAGCUCCAGUUCGUGCAGGUGGAGAACGAGCAGAAGGCGGCACAGAUCAUGUACGUGGAGGCCCUGGAUGCCCAUAAGAGAGAUAUCCUCACUAAGACCAAGCAGGCCCGAGAUGGCUUACACAUGGACAACCUCAAACUACGGCAGAGGUGCAGGCUGCUGGGUAAAGAUGACCUGCUCCGGGACUUUGAGGACAAAGUGGACACCUCAGAGGCUCGAAAUGUUGACGCUGAAAUGCAGUGGUGCAAAGAAAAAAAUCGAGCAAGCCAAACCUUCACAGCAGUAUAUCUAAGAUAUAGACACAGCCUUACUUUCACAUUUCCACCAAAGUUCCAUAAAAGUUGGCAUCUUGGUACUUGGCAUUGCAAUUUUCUUUUUACCAACCCUUUAAACAGUAUGUUUUUUUUGUUUUUGUUUGUGUGA